GAAGUGAUUCUAAGAACAAACAUACUGUAUAGUGUACUAGAAAGUGAGUAAGAAAGCGCUGUUUUAUACACUAAGUAGUGCGCAUAGACAGGGUUUAGGUAUAGUUUUUGGUAUUUUAGGAUUUAGUAAUCGGAAGGCGAGUAAGGAAACAUGUCCCACGCCGGCUCAAAGAAAAGAAAACUAGACAAACCCGCUGAGGAUAAGCUGUAUUUUGAGAGCUACGCGGAUGUGAGUAUCCAUGAGGAGAUGAUCGCGGACACUGUGCGCACUGACACGUACAGGAAAGCCAUAUUUAAUAAUAAAAGUGAGAUGGAGGGGAAAGUUGUGCUGGAUGUGGGUGCAGGCACCGGGGUGCUGAGUGUGUUCUGUGCUCAGGCCGGAGCCAGGAAGGUGUACGCCGUGGAGGCCAGCUCCAUAGCAGAGCAGGCUGAGAACAUCAUCAAGCAGAAUAAAGUGGAGGACAGAGUGGAGGUCAUUAAGGGUGCUCUGGAGGCUGUAGAUCUUCCUGAGCAGGUAGAUGUGAUAGUGAGUGAGUGGAUGGGUUAUGCUCUGCUCCAUGAGUCCAUGCUGAACUCGGUGAUCUCAGCUCGGGAUCGGUGGCUCAAACCUGGAGGUCUGAUGCUCCCCGAUAAAGCCGAGCUCUUCAUCGCACCCAUUAAUGACCUCGUGGUGGAGGAGCGUCUCAGCUUCUGGAGCACGGUGAAGAGCCAGUACGGCGUGGACAUGUCCUGCAUGACGGACUUCGCCCGCAGGUGCAUCACUGCGAGCCCAGAAAUCACCAUAAAGCCCGUCACCGUAGAAGACGUCUUGUCUCACCCGGUCAAAUUCGCCGAGCUCGGCCUCAACACCGUCAACCUGGAGCACCUGAGCUCCGUCAAGGGACGUUUCCGCUGCCACUGCUUCGGCUCGGCCGCCUUCAACGCCUUCUGCGUGUUUUUCGCCGUGACCUUUCCCGGGUCGAGACACCCUCUCGUCCUGUCCACGUCCCCGUUCAAACCCGAGACGCACUGGAAACAGGCCGUGCUUUACCUGGACCAGGCCGUGGAGGUCAUGCAAGACACGCUGGUGGAAGGAGAAGUGCACAUGUACCCGUCCGAGGAAGGGUCUAGACAUAUAUGCAUCCACGUGGACUAUACGGUCGGGGAGGAGAAAAAGAAAUCGAAAACGUUCGCUAUUUCAGACGGAUCGUCCUAUGCAGAGACUCAGUAGAACCCGGGAACGUUCGUGGUGAAGGUUCCGAGCUGGUGGUCAGAAGGUUAUGAGUUCAAGGUUCAAAUCCCAGACCAUGGAGCCUCGAGAUUGAAUUUUUGAGCAACUCCCUUACAUCAGUUUCUCAGCUCAAAGAUUAGGUUUAACAAAUUUCUGAAGUGUGAACAUGUCGAAUGCCACGAAUGUUAAUGAACAAACCCAGAUUAAAAAGGAAAAUCAGUUAUUACAGAAUUUUGCGCUUGUUUCUUGAAAAUUGCUCACCUGGCUUUUCGACACGGGUUUUUUUUAACGUGAUGAGUGGGUUAUGUGAUGAUUUCAGAGUUCUCACACUCAGGAAACAGGCAAUCCUUUUUCUCCUAAACUUUAUUUUUUUUAAAAAUGUAUUUGAAAAGCUGAGUAAUUAUUUCGGUGUUUCACUCCUGGAAAAAGUACAGGACGAUUUUAUUGAAAAGUUGUCUUUAUUGUUUAACCUUUUGAUCUUUUUGUUUAAAAAUUAUUCACAAAAACACUCUGCUCUCCUGGAUGUCAAACAAUUGCAAAAAAAAAAAAAAAAUUCUUUGUUAAAUAUAGGUGUAAAACAAUUAUUGGCACCCCUAUGAAUUCAUAUGAGAAAAAUAUAUCUGAAGUUUAUUCCCAUUGAUAUUUUACAUUUUUUAAUACACCUGGGUGACUAGGAACAGGAAAUUGUUCAACCGUGACUUCCUGUUUCACAGGGGUAUAAAUAUGAGGUAACACACAGGCCAAAUUCCCUUAGUCAUUCAUAACAAUGGGUAAGAGCGAGGAAUGUAGCUGUGAUGUGCGGGAAAAGGUUGUUGAGCUUCACACAAUGGGGCGUGUCUAUAAGAAAAUAGCACAAGCAUUGAAAACGCCCAUUUCACCAUCAGGGCGAUAAUUAAGAAGUUCCAGUCCACUGGAAAUGUUAUGAAUGGACCUGGAAUUGGACGUGUGUCUGUAUCGUCUCAGCGCACUGUGAAGAGGACGGCUCGAGUGGAUAAAACAUCUCCAAGGAUCACAGCUGGAGAACUGCAGAAGUUAGUCGUGUCUUGGGGUCAGAAAGUCUCCAAAACUACAAUCUGAAGUCACCGACAUCACCACAAGUUGUUUGGAAGGGUUUGAAGAAAAAAGCCUCUACUCUCAUCCAAAAACAAACUCGAGCGUCUUCAGUGUGCAGACACUACUGGAGCUUCAAAUGGGAUCGGGUUCUACGGUCAGAUGAAACCAGAAUAGAGCUUUUUGGUAAUAAACACAGAGGUGGUUUUGGAGCACACAGAGAGGUAGCCGUAUGGAAAAGUUCCUCAUGCCCACGGUUAAAUAUGGAGGAGGAUCUUUAAUGUUUUGGGCUGUUUUUCUGACAGAGGACCUGGACAUUUUGUUAGGAUACAUGGCAUCAUGGACUCCAUCAAAUAUCAACAGAUAUUAAAUGAAAACCUGACUGCCUCUGCCAGAAAGAUUCAAAUGGGCCGUGGUUGGAUCUUCCAGCAGGACAAUGAUCCAAAACAUCAUCAGAAUCAACACAGAAAUGAUUUACUGACCACAAAAUCAAGCUCCUGCCCUGACCCUCCCAGUCCCCUGACCCGAACCCCAUAGAAACCCUGUGGGGUGAACUGAAGAGGAGAGUCCACCAGCGUGGACCUGAAAUGUGAAGGAUCUGGAGAGAUUCUGUACGGAGGAACGCUCUCAGAUCCCUCACCAUGUAUUCUCCAACCUCAUCAGGCGUUACAGGAGAAGACUCAGAGCUGUUAUCUCGGCAGAGGGAGGUAGCGCAAAGUAUCGACUAAAAGGAUGCCAACAAUUUUUACACACCUCCAUUUUACCAAAGAUAGAUAUUUUUUAUAAACCUGUGUUGUGUUUGUAAUUGUUUGAUAUCCAUGAGAUUUCAGAUUGUUUGAUAUCCAUUUUUGUGAUUUUUUUUUUAUGUUAACAAAAGAUCAAAAACUUAAACAAUAAAGACAGUUUCUCACAGCC